UACACGCACCAAAAGACAAAAGGCAAUAGGUUUAAAUGGUACAGCGAAAGCGCUAACUUCAAAAUAUAGGAAUUAGAAAGCAUGAUGCUUGAGAAAACGAAAGCAAAAACACCCAACAUUCUCUUCAACAACCCCAUUGAAUUUAUUGAUCCUGUCAUUUUCAGAACACAACCCAAGAAUUCUUCUACUUCUUUGCCUCGUAUCAUAACUCCCUCAUCAAAUUAUUCUGACCCACGUCCUUCAUUCUUGAACCUUGACUCUGUAACUUAUACAAGGCUGUUCCAAUUCUCUACCAAAACUGGGUUUCUGAAUCAUGGGAAGCUUGCGCAUGCCCAUAUGGUCAAAACUAAUCAUAGACCCUGUGUGUUCCUGUUAAAUAAUCUUCUCUAUAUGUACUGCAAGUGUGAUGAAUUGGACACUGCUAGGAAACUGCUCGACAGAAUGCCUAAACGAAAUGUUGUAUCGUACAAUUCUUUAAUUUCUGGUUAUACCAAAAUGGGUUCGUUUGAUAAUGUAAUGAGCUUGUUUAAUGAAGGGAGAGUGGCUGGUUUGAAGCUUGAUAAGUUUACUUAUGCAGGUGCUCUCAGUGUUUGUGGUCAAACCGGAGAGAUUGAAGUGGGUAAGCUGAUUCAUGGACUAAUCGUUGUUGGUGGGUUGGCUUCCCAGAUCUUUCUGACCAAUGCCCUUAUUGAUAUGUAUUCGAAGUGUGGAAACGUUGAUCGUGCAAGGCUGUUAUUUGAGAAUUUUGAUCAGUUAGAUGGUGUUUCAUGGAACUCCAUGAUUUCUGGUUAUGUUCAAAGUGGUGCCAUCAAGGAAAUGUUGAGUCUACUGGUGAAAAUGCAUCAAGAUGGUUUGAGCUUAACUACUUAUACAUUAGGAAGUGUCUUAAAAGCAUGUUCUGCAAAAUUGGAUAAUUCAGAACCAUAUGGAAAAAUGCUUCAUAGCUGCAUUGUCAAACUGGGAUUCGAUUUGGAUUUUGUUGUAUGCACCGCAUUGCUUGAUAUGUAUGCAAAGACUGGUGAGUUAAAUGAUGCAGUCCAGAUUUUCAAGAUUGUACCCAAUAGAAAUGUUGUGAUGUAUAAUGCCAUGAUUAGUGCACUCCUCCUAGAUGAGGCUAUUUCCAGUCAACAUGCAAAUGAAGCCUUCAAUCUUUUGAGAAAGAUGCAGAUGGAAGGGAUGAAGCCCUCAAAAUUCACAUUUGCAAGUAUGCUUAAAGCUUGUAAUGCUGUUGAAGCUUUUGAAUAUGGAAAGCAAAUACAAGGUCAAAUCUGUAAGAAUAACCUUCAGGAGGAUGAGUUUAUUGGGAGUGCACUUAUUGAUUUGUAUUCUUCCUUUGGUUCAAUUGAGGAUGGGAGGAGAUGUUUUAACCUAUUACCUAAACUAGACAUCGUCUCGUGGACAUCAAUGAUUGUGGGUUAUGUUCAAAAUGGGAAAUUUGAAAGUGCAUUCACCCUUUUCUAUGAGCUGCUGGCAGCUGGAAGUAAACCAGAUGAAUUCUUAAUAUCAAGCAUGUUGAGUGCAUGUGCUGAUUUAGCUGCAGCAAGAUCCGGAGAGCAGAUUCAGGGGUUUGCAAUAAAAAAUGGCAUUGAGAAAUUCACUAUGGUUCAAAAUUCACAAAUAUGCAUGUAUGCGAAAUCUGGGGACAUAGAUUCGGCUAAUUUGACCUUCAAACAGAUAGAGAGUCCUGAUGUUGUCUCCUGGUCUGUGAUGAUCUGUAGCCAUGCACAACAUGGAUGUGCAAGGCAAGCUUUGGAACUUUUUGAGUCCAUGGAAGAUUGUGGAAUCACUCCUAACCACAUUACAUUCAUCGGAGUUUUGACUGCUUGUAGUCAUGGAGGACUUGUGAAAGAAGGAUUAAGAUACUUGGAAAGGAUGAAGAAAGAUUAUGGAAUGACAUGCAGUGUAAAGCACUGCACCUGCGUGGUUGACCUGCUAGGUCGUGCUGGUCAAUUAGUAGAUGCUGAAAAUUUUAUUUUGACAUCAGAUUUCAAGGAUAAUCCUGUUAUGUGGAGAGCCUUGUUGAGUGCAUGCAGGAUUUAUAAGGACUCUACAAUAGCAAAGCGCAUAGCAGACAGAGUAAUUGAGCUUGAACCUCAUGCAGCUGCAUCUUAUGUGCUUCUAUACAACACCUACACUGAUGCUGGAAUAGAUUUACCUGCCACAGAAAUCAGAGAAUUGAUGAAGGAUAGAGGAGUUAAGAAGGAACCUGGUCUAAGUUGGAUAGAGGUAGGAAGUAAAGUUCAUACGUUUGUGGUUGGUGAUAAAUCUCAUCCAAUGAAUGAAUUAAUUUACGCCCGGUUAGAAGCAAUGCUUGCUAAGAUAAAGACUAAUGAAGGGCUUUUUUCCAAUACUGAAUCUGGACAGAAAGACAACAAAUUGGUAAACAACCAUAGUGAAAAGCUAGCUGUGACUUUUGGGAUAAUAAGUUUACCAAAAUCCGCACCAGUGAGAGUGAUGAAGAACUUAAGAGUCUGCUCUGAUUGUCAUACAACAAUGAAGCUCUUCUCAAAAUUGGAAAGGAGAGAAAUAAUUCUUAGAGAUCCUUUUCGUUUCCAUCACUUCAAAGAGGGUGAUUGUUCUUGUAGGGAUUACUGGUAGUAGCAUGGAAAUAUAUAAAUAUAAAUAUAUAUAUAUAUAUAUAUAUAUAGAGGGGGGAGAGAGAGAGAGAGAGUUUGAAGAAACUGAAAAUUAUUGAUCCAAUCAGGAAGCUGAUGCUGGAGUUACAUUUGCUACUUGCCAAGUUCUUGCUUCUAUUCGGAACUGAACUUCUAGGAAAGCUCUCAGAUUAUGAGACUUUUGCUUUCAAGCUGAACAUGUAUCCAUCAGAAAGGAAAUGGCCAGAUGCUUUCAAGCUUUUGGACUAUCUAGCCUAACCCAACCCAAAAAGUUUGUGAUCCUUGUUAGAUUGGGUCAGGUCAAUUGAGCACUUAUGAGAAAUUCCAGAUUUUGUAUUAAAAAGAGAGAGAAAAAAAAAAAGUGUGAGAAAAUAUUCGGAAAAAUGAUAAACAUAAAAAAGAAAAUCUAAAAAUAUACAGUUUAAUUAAUUUUUUAUUUUUUAUUUGUAACUUGAACAGCUAAAAUAAAUUCCUUACAUAUUUUCAUGGAAAACAGAACAUUUACAUUAGUGUU